AUGGAUGAUUUCCUCGCCAUUGGCGAGCGGGAAAGCAUCCUGAAAGAAGAGAAGAUGAUCGAAACCUUAUGGGGACUAACUGGCUUUACCUGUCCUAGCACCAAACGCUGCCACUGGUGCUAUGAUGGCAAGGAGACUCUGAAAAUGGUACGUCCCCGUCCUGAUGCGAUAUUGCCGGAGACCCUUACCAAACGUGCCGUUUAUAGAGCGGCAGGUCAAUUCUUGCAUAUCACCCGUGGAUUCCAAGAAGCUCUCGCGACGGGUCACGCCGAUGCCAUGAGAAGACUGGCAGGGAAGUGGGAUACCUGGGAUGAGGCUCAUGCUUUGUCACAAGGCUCGAGAGAGAUACGGGAUCACCAUGCAUUGGCUCUAAGGAGCUGGGAACGCUGCUCCGAAGAGGAUAGCGCUCUCACUCUUUUCGCCGAAGUCGAACAUGUUAUUGUCGAGGUCGACGCUUCACAGACGGGUCAUGGCUACUACGCGAGAGAUGCAGACUCGGAACCUGAACGCCGAUCAACCAUCAUAGCAGAAGCACGUGCGUUUACUGUCAAUCACGCAGCCUGGCACGUUAACCGUAAGGAGCUGACGGCUAUCGCACAUGCGUGCAACCCAUGGGUGAAUAUCGGCACCAAGAGCAUUGAAAGGAAGGCUCUACAACGACUGCGGGAAGCUGUGACAGACAUCGCCUUCGACUGGAAGACCCGUGGUAUCACCAUGAAAGUCGAACAUAUCGCGGGUAAGACCAAUCGCCUUGCUGAUCAACUUUCCAGGAUACCGACCACUACGAAGCCUGAAGACAUCGCAACAGUGAUGACGAUACUGAACGACGAGAUUACGGACGAGACCGACCCUACCAACUGUGUGACUCCAAGCUUCAGAAACUUCAUCGCUAAAUGGGAAGCCUUCACGAGUUGGAGACGCGUUAAUGACAAUGACUACAGCGACGACUUGUAUACUCGAUGGGUGACCUAUGAACAACAGAGGGAUACAGAGACAAGGCAAGCAUGUGAAGCUCUGAAGGUGAACCCUCUGGCUGGAGAAGACUCGUCGGGUUACCUUUAUAGGAUGCGCCUUCGAGAAGAUGGUCUGCUCAUCCGAGAAAUACGGCGGGGCUCUAUAACUGAUGACGUAAGUAAAGCAAACACUACUGAGCAGUUGUCCUGCACCACUCUCUCGGGCACGCAGGAUACCCGACAGUAUUCCGUCAUACCGUAG